CGCACACAGGGCAGAUUCGGCGGCUGAAAGCUUCAGCGCGGUUCUAGUAGUGGCAGAGUGGCUUCGAGUGUUUACUUUUCACUGCGAGCUAUUUGAAAUGAGUGCACCAGCAUUGUACAGGUACAGGACAACAAAACAAUUUUGUGAAGAACGCAGAACAGGACCUGAAGGAGCAAGACACAGGCCGCAUGCUCGAGUGAGAGAAACAGGGAUUCAUCUACGGAAAAUAGAAAAAGAAGUCCUCGCAAUAUUUCGUCGAGAACUUCUCACCGGCACCUCUUCUGUCUGAACGUAGCUGACCCUCUGACAAACGGACCCAAUUUUCCCUUUCCAAUUUACGUGGGAUGAGGACAGCACUGCGCAUUAAAGAAGAGGCAAGAGAUUCUUGUGACUUCGAGUCAUCACAUGCCAGGCCCUUUGGAAUCACGACUCCAAGAAAAUGAAGUUCUCUCUGGAGUUCCGCAAUCAGCCCGUGAGAGUGAAAUUGGAACCACCUGAUGUUGCAUGCCUGCCACAACAGGGCCAGGUACAUCAACAGCACUGUGGAGUGACAGCUGGGAUGGGUGACGUUAAAGAGGAACCUCGAGAGGAAUCUUCAAAGGAACAUGCAAUAGUGGAAGUCAAAACAGAGCCUUAUAACAUUGCAAUCUUGACUGGACAGGACCAAAUGGGACGCAAGUGUGAUUCAACAUCAGAAGGAGUGACAUCUGGGACGUGUCCUAUUAAGGAAGAACCUCGAGAGGAAUCUUCAAAUGAAGAUCCAAUCAUAGAAGUGAAAACAGAGGCUUACAAUGUUCCAGUCUUGGCAGAAGAGGAACAGAUGGGCUGUGACCCGACAUCAGAAGGAGUGACAGCUGGGACGUGUCCUAUUAAAGAAGAACCUCGAGAGGAAUCUUCAAAUGAAGAUCCAAUCAUAGAAGUGAAAACAGAGGCUUACAAUGUUCCAGUCUUGGCAGAAGAGGAACAGAUGGGCUGUGACCCAACAUCAGAAGAGUCCUUCCAGAGCACGGACCUGCAGCAUCACAAGAGGGCCCGCACAGGCGAGAAGCCACACAAGUGUGAGGUCUGCCCUGCAGAGUUCUACCGGCUCUGGAAUCUACGGGAACACAAGCGGACACACACGGGCGAGAAGCCACACAAGUGUGAUGUCUGCCCCGCAGAGUUCUGCCGGAUCUCGGAUCUAAGGGUUCACAAGCGGAGACACACAGGCGAGAGGCCACACAAGUGUGAUGUCUGCCCUGCAGAGUUCUGCCGGAUCUCAGAUCUACGGGCUCACAAGCGGAGACACACGGGCGAGAAGCCACACAAGUGUGAUGUCUGCCCUGCAGAGUUCAGCUGGAGCCAGGGCCUACUGCAUCACAAGCAGACACAUAUGAGUGAUAAGCCAUACAAGUGCGAUGUUUGUGCUGGAACGUUCAGCCAGGGAGGGCACUUACAACGUCACAAGAGGACCCACACAGGCAAGAAGCCACACAAGUGUGAUGUCUGUCCUGCAGAGUUCUGCCGGGUUUCGGAUUUACGGGAUCACAAGCGGAGGCACACGGGCGAGAAGCCACACAAGUGUGAUGUCUGUCCUGCAGAGUUUUGCCGGGUCUCGGAUCUACAGGAUCACAAGCGGAGGCACACAGGCAAGAAGCCACACAAGUGUGAUGUCUGCCCUGCAGAGUUCUACCGGCUCUGGAAUCUACGGGAACACAAGCGGAGACACACGGGCGAGAAGCCACACAAGUGUGAUGUCUGCCCUGCAGAGUUCUACCGGCUCUGGAAUCUACGGGAACACAAGCGGACACACACGGGUGAGAAGCCAUACAAGUGUGAUGUCUGCCCUGCAGAGUUCAGCUGGAGCCAGGGUCUACUGCUUCACAAGCGGACACAUAUGAGUGAAAAGCCAUACAAGUGUGAUGUCUGCCCUGCGGAGUUCAGCCACAGUACGCGUCUAAAGGUUCAUAAGCGGACAAAUACGGGUGAGAAGCCACACAAGUGCAAUGUCUGUGCUGCAGCGUUCAGCCAAAAUGCCUGCCUACAGCAUCACAAGCGGACACACACCGGUGAGAAGCCACACAAGUGCGAUGCCUGCCCUGCAGAGUUCUAUCGGCUCUGGAAUUUACGGGAACACAAGCGGACGCACACAGGCGAGAAGCCACACAAGUGCGAUGCCUGCCCUGCAGAGUUCUAUCGGCUCUGGAAUUUACGGGAACACAAGCGGACGCACACAGGCGAGAAGCCAUACAAGUGUGAUGUCUGCCCUGCUGAGUUCAGCCACAGUACGCGUCUAAAGGUUCAUAAGCAGACACACACGGGUGAGAAGCCAUACAAGUGCAAUGUCUGCCUUGCAGAGUUCAGCCAGACCAGGUACCUUAAGCAUCACAAGCGGACACACGUGGGUGAGCAGCCAUAGAAGCGCGCCUUCAUCCGGCAAAAAUCACCACAGCGUCGAGUGACAAGCCAUACAGGAGCAUUCUAUGUACCGCAAACUUCAGGCAAAUCACAAAUCUCCCCCUUUGCGUGGGGGCUUUUAUGGGCGUAGAGCCAUACAAUUGCAACCUCUGUCCUGCAGAGUUCAGCCACUGUACACACACACACACAAGCCAUAGAACAAGCUGCUAACAGAGCAGGAGCUAGUUCAGCCAGUGCAUGACUCCGUGGUUUCACAAGUAGCCACGAGGCGCCUGGGAUAGCAACAGUACAAGUGUGGAGACUGUGUACACAAGAAGGAGGCCAUCCAAGAAUCAAUCCUGUUGUCCUGAGUGCGGAGGCCUGAAGAAGCACGUGGUCAUACGCAGAGGGGGAAGGCUGUACAGACGCAGCUUGUAUCCCACAUCAUUUGAUUUCUGUCGGAUGUUGUGAAACUCUCGUGCAUGAAGAGACUGAGGUUGAAAAAAAGUUGGACAGGUGUUGGAUUGGGUGGUGAUGCAUGUGAAAUAUCAGGAAACCCAGCGUCUGGUGGACGAUGUCUAUGGAACAAUCACUGUGAGACAGUCCUGUGUGCCAAUAGAAAUUAAAACCAGUUGUGAUGGUUGGUGUGUCAGGUAGCAUUAGUGUUAUAGGGAAUGUGCGACAAACUUGUGGUGCCGUGAUGUGACCUCUGGAGAAAGUGCCUUGCGUGAUAGCUGCUGGGUCUCUUGCUUUGUUUGCAUGUGAAGUGCUAGCAUCUCUUCCUUGCCACACUGGAACUGUUGCAUCGCUAACUCUGCAAGCACCUAAAAGAACUCUUAAUUGGGGACCAGAUGUUUCGUUUCUCGUGAUUUCUACACUUCCAAUCAGGGCUCGGAACCGUUAUUUUUUGGGGUUCGGUUCAAGUUCCGGUUCACGGUUAUUGGUUCGGCUUGGGUUCAGUGCAACCAAAAUAAUGGUUUGAACCGGUUUACAUGUUCUGUUCUGAACAGCGUAAUUGUUCCUGAUUGGCUACCGCUGUCGGAGACACUAUUCUGAUUGGCUGACUCUUAGUAGUCAAGGUCACGUCGACAAAUAUGCAGGCUUUCUGUGUGCAGGUUGUGUUGGCCCCAUUGAUUUGUUGUGUAGCACGAAGCGUCCUAAAAACAGGUCCCAGCUUACAUCUGUACCUUGAAUGCAACUUUUGGGUGCAUGACCUCUUUUUUGAAACAACCUGAGCAUGGGCCCGCAUAAACAACUGCACAUAAUGAUGUUUGAGUGAGAAGAUAAGGAACAGUAGGUGCAACCAGAGGAAUCAAGUGCAAAAUAAUCCAUGCUGCACAGUAUGUCUCUCUUCAUGUGCUCCCACAAUGUUUAGCCCUAACAAACACGAUCCACACCUUCUGGUGCUACUGUAUUGAAAAGUACGGUGCUAGACAAAGUUUUACUAAACGUGCUUCGGUGCAUUCAUUCUGCACAGUGAUGCCUUAGCAGCGAAUAAGACCAUGGAGACUUGCAACUAGGCCUAGGUGACUGGGUUACCCAGGCACAUGGCUGCAACUUUGUACAGUCCCAUUGGCUACUGGCAUGUCACUCUGAGGGAGGAUUGCACGAGGGCAUGUUUCUUAAACUUUCGUCCAGAACCGUAUGAACAGCUGAUUAUGCGUGAUCAAGGUCUGUUUACUGAAAGAAAUAUAAGCUUUCAUAAAAUUCUCA